AUGAAAACGGUCCUAGUUCUUGGCAGUGGAGGCAGGGAACAUGCAAUAGCUUGUAAACUGUCUGAAAAUUCUGAUAUUCAGAAGGUAUAUGUAGCACCAGGCAAUGGUGGUACCGAAAAUGAAUGGAAAUCAGCUAAUGUUCAUCUUUCAUUGAACAAUUUUGAUGAAAUUUCAGCCUGGUGCCAGCAUGAGCGAAUAGCGAUGGUGGUCGUUGGACCUGAGGCACCUUUGGCCGAUGGAAUAGUCGAUUUCUUACAACAGAGACAAAUUCCGUGCUUUGGUCCAAGUAAAGCAGCUGCAAGAUUGGAAUGGGAUAAGUGCUAUGCCAAGGAAAUAAUGCAGUCAUGCAAUAUUCCUACCGCUAAAUGGAAAUCCUUUACUCAAUUUCAAGAAGCGAUCGAUUACAUUGGAAGCAAUCAACAAUCUCGUUACGUUAUUAAAGCAAAUGGCCUUGCAGCUGGAAAAGGUGUUACUAUUUGUUGUAGUCAAGAAGAAGCGGAAACAGCCAUCAUCGACAUUUUAAUAAAUAAUAAAUUUGGAGAGAAAAAGGUCAUUAUUGAAGAAUGCUUGCAUGGAGAUGAAAUCUCGGUUCUAGCUUUCUGCGAUGGGGCUAAUGUCAGCAUAAUGCCAUACGUCCACGAUUAUAAGAGACUAUACGAUGGCGAUUUAGGUCCAAAUACAGGAGGAAUGGGGGCAUUUGCUCCAUAUACUAAGGUUUCAGAUGACGAUGACAGAUGUAUCCGGGAAGAAAUUAUACUCAAGAUCAUUUCAAAAAUGAAAAGCCUUGGCCAUCCAUAUAACGGGAUCUUAUAUGCUGGCAUAAUGCUUACAAAUGACGGUCCGAAAGUACUAGAGUUCAAUUGUAGAUUGGGUGAUCCUGAAGCACAGGUUUUACUACCUUUACUGAAAAGCGACUUGUUCAAUAUUCUGGAAGAUUGCAUCAAGCAAAACUUGAAUCGUAUCGUUGAAUGGCAUCCAGAUUAUGCCGUAGGAGUAGUAUUAGUGAGUAGAGGUUACCCAGGACCAUACCAGACUGAUGUUGAAAUUUAUAGCAUUAAUAAAGCUGCCACAUUUGCUGGUAUAGAAAUAUUCCACGCUGGAACUGCAUUAACAGAUAAUAUGGAUCACCAAGUAUUAACUAAAAAAGGAAGAGUUAUGACAGUGACCGCCAAAGCAUCGUCUCUUUCUAAAGCAUCAAUCAUAGCUUAUCGGGCUAUUGAUUGCAUUAACUUUGAAGGAAAGAUGUUUCGGAAAGAUAUCGGUGCUAAAUCUUGGCUUGAUAGUGAUAGAUUACCUGAUGGCCUAACUUAUAAAGCAUGCGGAGUUAAUAUUGGAGCUGGUAAUGAUCUCGUGGCAAAUAUACAAUCACUGGCUAAGUCAACGCUUAGGCGAGGUUGUAGUGAAGAAAUAGGAGGGUUUGCCUCAUUAUUAGAUUACUCAGCUACCACAUAUCAAAGUCCGUCUAUUAUUGUCACUACAGAUGGUGUUGGGACUAAGUUAAUGAUUUGUCAAGAAAUUAAUUAUCAUAAUAGUAUUGGAAUUGAUCUUGUUGCCAUGUCCGUUAAUGAUCUCCUAGCAAGAGGCGCUGAAGCUGUUGCUAUGUUGGACUACAUUUCAUACAGUUCUCUUGGCAAAGAAGUUAUCCAAGCCAUACUUUCCGGGAUUGCAACUGGCUGCCGUAUAGCUGGUUGUGCUCUUGUUGGUGGUGAAACUGCUCAAAUGCCAGGGCUUUAUCCUGUUGGUACAUAUGAUCUUGCCGGAUUUGCUAUAGGAUAUGUCGAACGCGGUCAGGAUCUACCUGAAAUAGAUACGAUUAUACCCGGAGAUAAAGUGAUAGGUAUUGCUUCAUCGGGAAUUCAUAGCAACGGAUUCAGCUUAAUUAGACGAAUUGUUGAACAAAAACAGUUACAUUAUGAUAUGCCGGCACCAUUUUCGAUUCAUUCAUCCAAUAUUGGUACAGCUCCAAUGUCAUUAGGUAAAGCCCUCUUAAUUCCAACGAAAAUUUAUUGUCGAUCAUUAUUGUCGGUGCUAAGAUCAUCGUUGGUGAAAGCUUAUGCUCAUAUUACUGGCGGUGGCUUAGUAGAUAAUGUUAGCCGCAUUUUACCCCAAAAUUGUAAAGCAGUAAUUGAUGCUCAUCAAUGGAAAAUGGCUGAUGUAUUUAAAUGGAUAGCAAACGAAGGCAAUGUCUACCCUGAUGAGAUGUUAAAAACUUUUAACUGUGGCAUUGGAGCUGUACUGAUUUGUAGUGCAAAUGCUCACAAUGCAUUGCUCGAACUAUUAGCAGCCAGCGGAGAAGAGUACUGGUCUAUAGGCAAUAUUGAAAGUAUUAGACCUGGAGAGCUAAAAAUUCAAGUGCAACAUCUGUAUGAAGUUCUGUAUGAUCAAAACAUCGUAGCUUUUGGCGUUGUAACAGUUAAAAAUAUUUCAGUUUCGUUGCCCAAAAAGUAUCGUCUCGCUGUUCUGAUUUCUGGCACUGGAACCAAUCUACAAGCGAUCAUAGAUUACGCUAAAGCUGAAAAAUAUCGAAUAGAAGUAGUUUUGGUUAUUUCUAAUGUCGAUAAAGUAGCGGGACUUGAGCGAGCAAGGCAGAAUAACAUUGAAAAUAUCGUAAUUGAUCAUAAACGUUAUACUACGCGGAAGCAAUUUGAAAAGGAACUGGAUCAUGUGUUAAAAGAAAAAUCUGUUAACUUAAUCUGCUUAGCAGGAUUUAUGAGAAUUUUAACUAUAGAUUUUGUUAAUCAGUGGAAGGGGAAAAUAAUAAAUACGCAUCCAUCCUUACUGCCUGCAUUCCCAGGUUGUGGAGCAGUUUUACAAGCUCUCACUGCUGGAGUAAAAAUAACAGGCUGCACUAUUCACUUCGUUGAGGCGAAGGUUGAUUCCGGCCCUAUCAUAGUUCAAGAAAGUGUACCGAUAUUGCCUGAUGAUUCAGAGACGACCUUAAGCCAACGAAUUAAAACAGCAGAGCACCGAUGUUAUCCACAAGCUAUUGAUUUAAUCAUUAAAGAGCAAGUUAAAUACGUAGAUGGUAAAUUAUCAUGGUUAACGAGCCAUAGCGAUAGUAGCGAUUAUAGAUAA